AUGCCGAAGGGUGGCCAGGGUGGCCCGCAGUCGCUGGAGUAUGAGCUGAAGCACUACCUAGAGCUUCUGGCGGAUGAGCGGACUGCCCUGAACGAACUGCAACGACGCGUGGGUUGUACGGUGACGGAGUCCAACGAUGAAGAUGACUCCACUAGGCGAGAGCAGCUCUUGGCGAACAACAGGGCACUUCGUUAUGCCAUCGGGCGUCUUCGGCAUGAUAUGUAUAGGUUUCAAAACUUGUCCCAGGUGAACGAUAUACGAAAUAAGAUCACCGUGGUUUGGAAGGAAUUGCGGGAGGUACAGGCGGAGGUUAAGACAUUGCUGUCCGUGCGCCGUCAGCAAAAUAAAAGUCUGGAAAAGUUAAGUAAAGGCGAUCGCUUAGUCUCUGUCCUUCGGGGGAAACAGCACGAGGAACAACAUGAUCUUCGCGCAAAGCUGAAGGAACUUGAGAGCGAGCUAAAAGCUAUAGAGAAAAGAGAUGCUGCGCUACGCGAGCGUUUUAUACAGCUGCAAAAGCAAACUCUUUUGCGUGUGACUGAAAAGGACGUUGCCGCUUUGAGGGCAAAGCACGAAGAACAGAUGAGGUUGAUUCAGGACCUCCAACGGCAGCGGGGUAAACUAGUAAUGGAACGCGAUGAGGCGGCAGCUGAUAGCCGGCGCCAAAUGCUUAAGGCGGAAAGGGAGAAGGCUGAGAUGGAGCGGGAUAUUGCUGAGCUGAGGGCACUCGUGCUGGCGCGUGAUGAGGAGCUUACCCAGCUGCACCUCAGCUUGGGCAAAUGA